AUGUCGAGCUUACGAUUCCUCGACCUCGUCAAGCCAUUCGUGGCCUUUCUGCCAGAGGUGCAGCAGCCCGAGACCAAGAUUCCCUUCAACCAAAAGUUGAUGUGGACUGGUCUUACCCUGCUCAUCUUCUUGGUCAUGAGCCAGAUGCCUCUCUACGGUAUCGUCUCGUCCGAUACCUCUGAUCCUCUUUACUGGCUGCGCAUGAUGAUGGCGAGUAACCGCGGUACGCUUAUGGAGCUUGGUAUCACGCCCAUCAUCACCUCCGGUAUGGUCUUCCAGCUCCUCGCUGGAACCCACAUGAUCGACGUCAACCUCGACCUCAAGUCCGACCGUGAACUCUACCAGACUGCCCAGAAGCUGUUUGCCUUCAUUCUCUCCGCCGGUACUGCCACUGUCUACGUCUUCAGCGGUCUCUACGGCCCGCCCAGCGACCUCGGUGCUGGUAUCGUCUUCCUCCUUGUCCUGCAGCUCGUUGUUGCUGGCAUGAUUGUCAUUCUCCUCGAUGAGCUCCUCCAGAAGGGUUACGGUCUGGGCAGCGGUAUUUCUCUGUUCAUUGCCACCAACAUUUGCGAGUCCAUCAUGUGGAAGGCUUUCUCUCCCACCUCCAUUAACACUGGUCGUGGUCCCGAGUUCGAGGGUGCCGUCAUUGCCCUCUUCCACCUUCUCAUGACCUGGCCCAACAAGCAGCGUGCUCUCCAGGAGGCUUUCUACCGCCAGAACCUUCCCAACAUCAUGAACUUGCUCGCUACUCUCGCCGUCUUCGCUGCUGUCAUCUAUCUCCAGGGCUUCCGCGUCGAGAUUCCCGUCAAGUCCAACCGCCAGCGUGGUGCUCGUGGCUCCUACCCCGUCCGUCUGUUCUACACCUCCAACAUGCCCAUCAUGCUGCAGUCGGCUCUGUCCUCGAACAUCUUCCUGAUCAGCCAGAUGCUCUACUCUCGCUUUUCCGAGAACCUUCUCGUCCAGCUUUUCGGUGUCUGGGAGGCCAAGGAGGGUUCUGCCCAGCUUUCCGCCGUUUCUGGCCUCGUCUACUACAUGUCUCCUCCCUUGAACUUCAAGGAUGCUCUCCUCGACCCUAUCCACACUGCUGUCUACAUCGCCUACAUGCUUACUGCCUGCGCCAUCUUCUCCAAGACUUGGAUUGAGGUGUCUGGCUCCAGCCCUCGCGACGUUGCCAAGCAGCUCAAGGACCAGGGUCUUGUCAUGGCUGGUCACCGUGACCAGAGCAUGUACCGUGAGCUCAAGCGCAUCAUUCCCACUGCCGCCGCCUUUGGUGGUGCCUGCAUUGGUGCGCUCUCGGUUGCUAGCGACCUGAUGGGAGCUCUCGGCUCCGGUACCGGUACCCUUCUCGCUGUCACCAUCAUUUAUGGCUACUUCGAGAUUGCAGCCAAGGAAGGUGACCUUGCUGGUAUGAAGGGCAUGAUCAUGGGCUAG